ACCCUUUUCACCUUCUUCGUCGUGUGAGCUCGACGCGACGCAGAAGCGAAACCCCUUUCUCAAUUUCAUUAUCAGCAUCAUCAUCUUCGUCAUCUUCUUCUAGCCGAGCACGCGACAAUGGCGACGACCCCCUCCUCCUCCUCCUCCUCCUCGACCCUCCCAUCGAUCCUCUCCUCCCUCUCCCUGCCCCUCCUCUCCGCCGUCGUCGGCGCCGUCCUCGCCCUCCUCUUCCUCGCCGACUACUUCCGCCGCAAACGCGCCGAGAUCGGCACCAUCGCCCAACCCACCACCGCCACCGCCGCGGCCGCCGCCGCCCGAAACCCUCCUCCUCCCUCCACCGCCGCCGCGAAGAAGCCCCCUCACCGCCCCCAUCACCACCACCACCACCACCCCGCCGAUAAGGAUGUUAACAAGAAGCACCAUCCUCUCGAUGUUAACACCUUGAAGGGCCACAGUGAUUCGGUGACCGCCCUCGCCUUCUCCUCCGAUGGCCGGAACCUGACCACUGCUUGCGCGGAUGGAGUGGUGAGGGUUUUCCGGAUAGAUGAUGCCUCAAGUAAAAGCUUCAAGAUGCUGAGGCUAAACUUGCCUGCUGGGGCUCAUCCAACAGCCAUUGCCUUCUCGGAAGGAGCGACGUCUGUGGUGGUGGCUGCUCAGACUUUAUCAGGAUCCUCAUUGUAUAUGUAUGCAGAUGUGAGUAACAAGCCAGCAGGGCAAGAGAUCAAGAUUCUUCCCCCUGACGUUAAGUGGGAGCAUCAUAAGAUCCAUGCAGAGAAGUCGGUGUUGAACUUAACUGCAGCUUGUGCAACAUAUGGUAGUGGUGAUGGGAGCACGAUUAUUGCUUCAUGUUCGGAAGGGACGGACAUUAAAAUUUGGCAUGGAAAAAGUGGGAAGGACUUGGGAAGUGUUGAUACUAACCAGCUGAAAAACAAUAUGGCUACUAUAUCACCAAAUGGACGCUUCCUAGCUGCUGCAGCUUUUACUGCUGAUGUGAAGGUAUGGGAAAUUAUCUAUUCCAAAGAUGGUUCGGUGAAGGAGAUUUUGAAAGUUAUGCAACUGAAAGGACACAAGAGUGCUGUCACUUCCUUGUGUUUCACUCCAAAUUCUGAACAGAUCAUCACUGCAUCAAAAGAUGGUUCAAUUCGAGUGUGGAAUAUCAAUGUUCGGUAUCAUCUUGAUGAGGACCCAAAGACCUUGAAAGUGUUCCCCAUUCCUCUUCAUGAUUCGAAAGGUUCUGUUUGCUAUUAUGACCAUCUCAGCAUCUCACCAAAUGGGAAAAUUCUGGCGGUAACUAGUGGUCCGACAUUACAAUGGUUAUGUGCAGAAACUGGGAGAGUUUUGAAUACAGCCGAAAAAGUACAUGAAGGAGACAUCACUGGGAUUUCUUGGUCUCCUCAGUCAAUUCCAAAUGGUGGCGCACCUGCGACUGUUCUUGCCACUGCGAGCACUGACAAAAAGGUGAAGUUGUGGCUGGCGCCGGAACCUAAUCCUUCUUGAGUGGUUGAACUGUAGUCGGCUUCUACAGAAGGGCUCAAACCACCUUUUUGUUCCGCAGAAGAGAAAAUACUCUAAUGAUUAGAUAUCCAAGAAAUGGAUCUGAUUAUCCUUCAGCGCAAGUUCUCACAAGCUGAGUAAAUUGAAAGGAAUUGGCAUACAUUUUUAGAGUUCUCAGUUGCAAUGUUGUCGUUGCUACAGUUUCUUUUCCUUUUCAUAGUUGUUUUGUAUUUGGUUUUUGACUAUUUUUCAAAUGUUUUUCCUAUGACAACUUAUGUGUAAUAAAUUAGUGAAUUUUAGCCAAAAGUGCUUUUACAAAAUUGUUGAGCUUC